AUGGCGGCCGCAUCGUGGUUUGGCAAUAUAGAACCCUUUCGUAAAGGAGGAAAUUGGAGUGCGUUUGUGCAGCAGUUAGAGGCAUUUAGUAUGUUGAACAACAUUGCGGCGGACAAGAAAGCAGCAUUAUUGCUAACACAGGUGUCUCAGGCCGUGUUCGCCGAGAUUCCGGCUAUCUGCGAGACCGAAACACCAUUGUCUCUAACCCAGUUAAAGGAUCAAUUGAUAACGGGGGUAUAUAAUCAACGCGUUCGGUACGAAUUAUUGAAGGCAUCGGCCGACGAAUCUCUCGAGAACUUGCUACGGCUGGCGAAAACGGUCGAGCUCGCUGACGCAAAAGCCGCGAGAUUAGGAACUCCGAACGUUGUAAACACAGGAUCGACCCCGGAAUACAACGGUGGCACAAGACCGAGUGUGGAAACCAAGGCCACGUUUCCAAAAUGUGCAGACGCGCCGGACGAGGUGGCCAAACUCGGAAACCAAAACUACGUGGGAGAUGGGGAGACAGCCGAGACACAAGAGCAUUUGCGCGAAAAGUUCUCCGAGGACGAAGAGCGAUAUGCGAGCGAUUUUUGGCCAGUUCGAGAGAGCGGUAAUGUGGAAUGCAAGUUAAAAAAAAAAGUCAAUCCGCAGUUUGUAACGAUUAAAGUCAAUAACAUACCAUUGAAAAUGGAGAUAGAUUCGGGUGCGGGAGUAUCGGCCAUAUCGAAGAAUUGCUACGAAAAAUGGUUUGCGGAAAUACCAUUAAUAACAUCGAAGAUUUCACUGCGGACAUACGAUAAGCAGAAAUUACCAACACUAGGGUACAUUCAAGUCGAAGCAGAGAAAAACUAUGUCAAAAGCAAGGAAUUAUUAUAUGUAGUUAGCGAAGGUGACGAUGACGUGACAAAAAGAAAACAAAUAACAUGUCAACUCCAAAAAGAAUUUCCAGGCGUGUUCGCAGCGGGUAUCGGAACGUUCACUAAAGGCGAAUUGAAAUUAACGUUGAUUGAGGGAGCCACGCCGAAAUUUCUGCAGCCAAGAAAAAUGCCCUGGGCAUUGCGCGAUAAAGUAGAGAAUGAAUUAGCCAGAUUACAGCAGCUCGCAAUUAUAUCACCAGUAGAAUAUUCCGAUUGGGGCACGCCAAUUGUGCCAGUUUUGAAGAGUAACGGUACAUUACGUUUGUGCGGAGUUUAUAAAGUGACUUUAAAUAAAUAUCUUGAGGUCGAUCGCUGCCGCUUACCGCGAGUUGAAGAAGUUUUAGAGACAUUAAGAGGUGGAAAAAUAUUCACAAAAUUGGACCCAUCAGAAGCCUACCAACAGCUACCAUUGACACAAGAAUCUCAAAAACUAGUGGUAAUCAGUACUCAUAUCGGAUUGUUUAAAUACCACAGGUUGCCGUACAGGGUAGCGACGGGACCAGGAUCAUUUCAAAGGGUCAUGACUUCUCUAUUAUUAGGCAUACCGGGCACGAUCGUUUCUAUUGACGAUAUUCUCAUUACAGCGGCAACACUAGAAAUACAUACAGACAGAGUGCGAGAGGUACUAAAGCGUUUAAACGAGGGAGAGGCGAAAAUAAAGAGUGUAAAAGAUGCACCAAAGCCAAAGGACGUGUCGGAAUUGAGAAGCUUUUUGGGGUCGAUCAAUUAUUACGGUAGUUUUAUUGAAAAUAUGGCCCAGAAAUUGCGGGCUCUUUACGAAUGUCUCGAGAAAGAUAAAUUCGAGUGGACGGAGGUCUGUGACAAAACUUUUGAAAAAAUCAAACGCGAACUCGUGUCCGAUAAAAUCUUAGUGCACUUCGACCCCCAAAAGCAGACAGUUCUCACUUGCGAUGCAUCCCCGUAUGGGAUAAGUGCCGUGUUGGCGCACAGAGAUGAGGAAGAUUCAGCAGCUUCAGCGCGUAUAUUCGAUCCGAGUAAAGCGAUCCCAGAGAUCGCAGCAGCACGAUUGCAAAGAUGGGCACUAUUUUUCGCGCCGUUUGAGUAUACUAUUAAACACAUUCAAGGAAAAAAAAAUUAUGCAGACUGGUUAAGUAGACUACCAUUGCCGAAAACAAAAGACGAUGCUAAAGAAUUACCGAUUUCACAGAAUACGAUGUAUACCCAUGUGAAUUGCGUUAAAGACUAUGAUUUCGCGACCCUCGAUUGGAAGGCGAAAAGAAAAUGUACACGGGAAGAUGAAACUUUGAGCAAAGUAAUACGAUAUUGUAUGGAUGGUUGGGAAGAAAAAUCUCCGAUUGACGAAAGUCUUAAAACUUUCUGGAGUGAGCGCGAAUCAUUAACAAUUGAUCAAGGUUGCGUCUUAUGGGGACACCGAGUGGUGAUUCCAAAUAAACUAAGAGAGAUAGUACUCAAAGAGUUACAUUACAGUCAUUUUGGUGUUACAAGAAUGAAAGCGCUUGCUCGAUCUUUUGUGUGGUGGCCGGAGAUUAAUAAACAAAUUGAGUUAAUCACGCAGGCAUGCCGCGCUUGUUUAGAAACAAGAAAAUCGCCGCCGAAAAUUGCUUUGACACCGUGGGCUUGGCCUACAACACCGUGGCACAGAAUACAUGCGGAUUUCUUGAGGCCUUUUAACGGUAAAACGGUACUCGUGAUAGUGGACAGCCAUUCAAAAUGGCCCGAAGCUAUAAUCAUGCAAUCGAUGAGCGAAUCGCAUACGAUAAAAGCGUUCGAGGAAGUGUUUGCUCGACAUGGGUAUCCUGCUCAUUUGAUUACGGACAAUUAUUCGACGUUCGUAGGUAAAGCGUUUCAGUCAUUGCUAAAAGUAGGGGGUGUUAGACACAGUACAACGCCACCGUAUUGUUCGGCUACAAAUGGAGCGGCGGAGAAUUUUGUGGGGACUUUCAAACGCAAAGUCGCAUGUAUUAUGGCGGACGGUUUUAAUCUCCAAGAAGUAAUAACUAAAUUCUUAUUUGAUUAUCGUAGCACCCCCCAUGCCACUACACAAAGGACUCCAGCGAGUUUAGCACUCGGUAGAGAACUCAAAACUCGUUUUUCACGACUUCGGCCGACGCCGGUCAACGAUUGCAUAGUCACCCAUCAAUCGCGUCAAAUUCAAAAUUAUGCGGGGAAAAGAGAAAGUACAUUAAAAGUCGGUGAUUCGGUGAUGGCUCGAGAAUAUAAACAGGGGGGAAAAGCAGCGUGGAAACCGGGCACUGUAGAGAUAGAAUUAAUAGCGGGCGUCACGUAUCUCAUUCGCAUCGACGAAAAGACAGUUUGGAAAAGACACGCAAACCAGUUGAUCAAAUGUGAUGGUUCGAUUGUAGCAGAACAAAACGAGGCUGAAAAGAAACACCAGACCUUGCUACAGCCUAGGCCCAUGGUUCGUCGAUCGGAGCGGUUACAAAAUAAGAAGGGGGAGAUGUAG